UUGGACUGCGCGGCCAAGCCAAGCUGUCAGCCCAUGUGGCGUGGCCAGACAGAAUGUGAGACAUUUAAAUUCAUCAGAGAAAAAAGAUUCACUGGAGCACCGAGCCCAACGUUAACCUUACAGAGGCAGCCUUUCCUUCCUCCACCCGCACUCACAGUGAGAGAGGCACUGCCGUGGACCAUCGUAGUGCAGCUAACUAACGGAGCUAACGGAGAGACUACAUGACAUACAGGCGCUAACGUUUCACCAAGCGGCUCGAGUUAGUGACUGUUUUUUCGGGGACAUCAUACAUAGUGAUUCAGCAUGGAUGAGAUAGUCAUAGCAGGCAUAUCGGGCCGUUUGCCCGAGUCCAACAAUCUGGAGGAAUUCUGGGAAAACCUUAUCAAUGGUGUGGACAUGGUGACAGAGGACAACCGGCGGUGGACACCAGGUCUGUACGGUCUUCCAAAGAGGAACGGUAAACUGAAGGACAUCAGCCACUUCGAUGCAGUCUUCUUCGGAGUCCACCCCAAACAGGCCAACACUAUGGACCCCCAGCUGCGCCUCAUGCUGGAGAUCGCCUACGAGGCCAUUGUAGACGGAGGACUGAACCCGACCGAGCUGCGUGGCAGUAAGACGGGCGUUUACAUCGGGGUGAGUGGCUCGGAGGCCGGGGAGGCGUUCAGCAGAGACCCAGAGGAGCUGCUGGGCUACAGCAUGACGGGCUGCCAGCGCGCCAUGUUGGCCAACAGACUCUCCUACUUCUUUGACUUCAGUGGCCCCAGCACCGCUAUCGACACAGCCUGCUCCUCCAGCUUGCUGGCUUUAGAAAACGCCUUCCACGCCAUUCGCCAAGGCCAGUGUGACGCCGCUCUGGUGGGGGGAGUCAACUUGCUGCUCAAGCCAAACACCUCAGUGCAGUUCAUGAAACUGGGCAUGCUCAGUCCUGAAGGGACCUGCAAGUCUUUCGACUCAUCAGGAAAUGGAUACUGCCGCUCUGAGGCAGCAGUGGCAGUGCUGCUGACCAAGCGAUCAGCAGCUAAAAGGAUCUACGCCACAGUGGUCAACGCUGGCAACAACACAGAUGGAUACAAAGAGCAAGGUGUAACGUUUCCUUCAGGUGAGAUGCAGCAGAGGCUGGUUCAGUCUCUCUACCAGGAGGCCAAUAUCACGCCUGAGCAAGUGGAGUACGUCGAAGCCCACGGCACCGGCACAAAGGUUGGGGACCCACAGGAGGUGAAUGGCAUUGUCAGCGUGUUCUGUAAAUCAAAGCGAGAGCCUCUGCUUAUCGGCUCCACCAAAUCCAACAUGGGCCAUCCAGAACCGGCCUCUGGUCUGGCUGCCCUGUCAAAGGUGUUGCUUUCUCUGGAGCGAGGAGUCUGGGCUCCCAACCUGCACUUCAACAGCCCCAAUCCUGACAUUCCCGCCCUCACCGACGGCCGGGUUCAAGUCGUCGACCGGCCCAUCCCUAUCCGAGGAGGCAUAGUAGGCAUCAACUCAUUUGGAUUUGGCGGUUCAAACGUUCACGUGAUUCUUCGUCCGAAUGAGAAACCAGCUGACGCAACCGCGCCGCCCAGGACGCUUCCCAGGUUGCUUCAGGCCUGCGGCCGCACAGAGGCUGCAGUGAACGCCAUGCUCCAGAAGGGGAAGGAACACGCCACCAACGACAGCUUUCUGUCUCUGCUCAACGAGGUCUCAGGAGUUCCCACUGCCAGCAUGCCCUACAGAGGCUACGCUCUGAUUGGCUCUCAGAGUGACAUCAUGGAAGUGCAGCAGGCCCAGGCCUCUGCCAGGCCGCUCUGGUACGUCUGUUCAGGUAUGGGGACACAGUGGGCAGGAAUGGGCCGCAGUCUCAUGCAGCUGCAAGACUUCAGAGAGUCCAUCCUGCGGUCAGACACGGCGCUGAAGGACACCGGCCUGGUCGUGUCUCGACUGCUGAUGGAGGCUGACGAAACCACGUUUGAAGACACCGUUCACGCCUUUGUCGGACUCGCUGCCAUACAGAUCGCUCAGAUCGACAUGCUCACUAAGUUGGGUCUGCAGCCUGACGGCAUCGUGGGACACUCGGUGGGAGAACUGGCCUGCGGCUACGCUGACGGCUCCCUCAGCCAUGCUGAGGCCAUCCUGGCUGCCUACUGGAGAGGCCGCUGCAUCAAGGAGGCCAACCUUCCUCCAGGAGGCAUGGCUGCAGUGGGGUUGACCUGGAAGGAGUGUAUGGCUCAGUGUCCUCAGGGAGUGGUCCCCGCCUGCCACAACGCCGAGGACACCGUCACCAUCUCCGGUCCUCAGGAUGCGAUCACUAAAUUUGUGUCGGAGCUGAAGGAGCAGGGAGUGUUUGCGAAAGAGGUGCGCAGCGCUGGCGUUGCUUUCCAUUCCUACUACAUGGCCUCCAUCGCUCCCACCCUGCUGGCCGCUUUGAAGAAGGUGAUCAAGGAGCCGCGGCAGCGUUCGUCCCGCUGGGUGAGCACCAGCAUCCCUCAGUCUGACUGGGACUCUCCUCUGGCUCUGUACAGCUCGGCCGACUACCACGUAAACAACCUGGUGAGCCCCGUGCUGUUCCAGGAGGGCCUCAGUCUGGUUCCCGAAAACGCUGUGGUGGUGGAGAUAGCGCCUCACGCUCUGCUGCAGGCCAUCCUGAAGCGCAGCCUCAAGCACACAUGUUCCAUCCUCCCCUUGAUGAAGAGAGGCCAUGCCAACAACCUGGAGUUCUUCCUCACAAACAUUGGCAAAAUCUACAUGAACAGCGUCAAUGUGAAGAGUAACAACCUCUGCCCGGUCGUGAAGUACCCUGUGCCGGUUGGGACCCCUUUGAUCUCCCCCUUGGUGAACUGGGACCAUGCUCAGACCUGGGAUGUCCCCAAGGUUGAGGAUUUCUCCUCUGGUUCAGGAGGAUCCAAUUCUGCCGCCGUCUAUAACAUCGAGAUAAACCCAGAGUCUCCAGACUAUUACCUGAUUGGACACUGCAUUGAUGGGCGCGUCCUCUAUCCGGCAACGGGUUACCUGGUGCUGGCCUGGCGUACCUUUCUGAGAAGUCUGGGAGCCGUCAUGGAUAACACCCCUGUAACUUUUGAGGACGUGACCAUCCACAGAGCUACCAUCCUACCAAAGACCGGCUCCGUGCAGUUGGAGGUGCGUCUCAUGCCUGCCACCAGCAGGUUUGAGGUUUCAGAGAACGGAAACCUGGCCGUCAGCGGUAAGGUGAGCCUUCUGGAGGACGCAGCCCUCGACUCAUUCCGCAUUCAGAUAAGUCAGCGAGUUGCCGACGACAACAGUGACCCCAAAAUGAAGCUGACGGCACAUGAUAUCUACAAAGAGCUGCGCCUGCGCGGCUACGACUACGGCAAGACCUUCCAAGGAAUCUUAGAAUCCAACAACGCAGGAGACAGCGGGAAGCUGCAGUGGACCGGAAACUGGGUGACCUUCCUGGACACCAUGCUGCAAAUGAUCGUGGUCGGGCUGUCAGGUCGUAGUCUGCGUUUGCCCACCAGAAUCCGCUCAGUGUGUGUUGAUCCAACCGUCCAUAAGGAGAAGAUCUGCGAGUACACUGAUGGAAAGCAAGCUGCGGGUGUCCACGUAAACCGUUGCCUUGACAACAUUAUUGCCGGUGGAGUCCAGAUCUGCGGUCUGCACGCCACUGUGGCCCCGCGUCGGCAGCAGCAGCAGAGCCCCCCCACCCUGGAAGAGUUUGUGUUUGUUCCCUACGUGGAGACAGAGUGCCUGACAGCCAACGGGAAACUUGCAGAGCAGCUGAGACUCUGCAAAGGUUUAAUCCACAGACUGCAGCGAAAGUUGGCCCCUCACGGAGUCAAGCUCUCCAUCCCCGGGCUACAAGGGGAAGCAGACAGCCCUGUUCCCAGCCCUGAGCCCUCUCAGCCCGGCCUGGUGCGGCUGCUGGCCCUGCUCUGCAGCCUGGAGCUGAACGGGAAUCUUCACUCUGAGCUGGAGCAGACGGUAGAGAAGGAGCGGGCGUGUCUGCUGCAGGACAGCCUGCUGCAGGGCCUGCUCGACCACCCCGCCCUCAGACACUGCCUGGACACCACCAUGGAGAACAGCAUGCCUGGCAAGAUCAAAGUCCUGGAGGCUUUCUCCAACGACGGCCAGCUCUUCUCUCGCGUGGUGCCCCUCCUCAACAUCCAGCCCAUGCUGCAUGUGGACUACACUGCCACGGCGACCAACCUGGAUCUUCUGACACCCCACCAAGCCACCCUGGAGGAACUGGGAGUCACUCAAGCUCAGUGGGAUCCCCUGACGGGCCCGGCUCCUAGUGGAGCAGACCUAGUGGUGUGUAACCACGCCUGGGGCCCUCUAAGGAUGGACGCCAGACUGCUGGUGGAGAAUCUGUCUUCUGGAGCCAAGCAAGGAGGGUUUGUUCUCCUCCACACCCUACUGAAGGGAGAGACUCUUGGGGAAACAGUUGCCUUCCUCUCCAGCACCGCUCAGAGCAGCAGCCAGCAGGGACUCCUCACACAGGCGGAGUGGGAGAAGGUGUUCUCUGACGCCUCCCUCAGCCUGGUGGCUGUCAGGAAGUCUUUUUACGGCUCGGUCCUCUUUCUUUGUCUGUCGGUCCCCGGCAAAGAGCCUGUUUUCCUUCCUGUGGACAGCAGCGACUACAAGUGGGUGGACACACUCAAGGCGACGAUGGCGGAGACAUCAGACUCUCCACUGUGGUUGACUGCCUCUCAGGCCAACUGUGGCAUUGUGGGAAUGGUCAACUGUCUACGGCAGGAACCAGGCGGCAACAGAAUACGCUGUGCGUUUGUGUCUAAUCUAAACGAGUCUUCAGAAGCACCGAGCCUCCAGCCGACCCAUAAGUCCAUGCAGUCAGCGCUGGAGGGGGAUCUGGUUAUGAACGUGUUCAGAGAUGGACGUUGGGGCGUCUUCAGACACCAGCUCAUCACCCGCGAUCUGAAUGAAGAGUUGACAGAGCGAGCCUACGUCAAUGUGUUGACUCGAGGUGACCUGUCCUCUCUGCGAUGGAUCGCCUCCCCGCCCUCCCACUCUGUGACCAGCAACCCCAACGUGCAGCAGUGUCGCGUCUACUACAGCUCGCUCAACUUCAGAGACAUAAUGCUCGCCACCGGCAAACUGCCACCGGACGCUAUUCCAGGGGACCUAGCUCUGCAGCAGUGCAUGUUGGGUAUGGAGUUUUCCGGUCGUGACCCCAGCGGUCGACGUGUGAUGGGGCUGCUACCUGCUCAAGGCCUGGCAACAAGUGUGAACGCUGACAAACGCUUCCUGUGGGACGUUCCCUCCAGCUGGACACUGGAGCAGGCUGCAUCGGUGCCCGUGGUCUACGCUACAGCGUACUACUCUCUGGUGGUGCGGGGCAGGCUGCGCAACGGAGAGUCUGUUCUCAUACACUCGGGGUCGGGGGGUGUCGGCCAGGCCGCCAUCGCCAUAGCACUCAGCAAGAAGUGCAAAGUCUUCACUACAGUCGGCUCCUCAGAGAAGCGGGCCUACCUGCAGGAGAGGUUCCCUCAGCUCUCAGCAAAAUCCUUCGCCAACUCCAGAGACACCACGUUCGAACAGCACAUCCUGCUCCACACACAGGGCAAAGGUGUGGACGUGGUGCUGAACUCUCUGGCUGAGGAGAAGCUGCAGGCCAGUAUCCGCUGCCUCGCCCGACACGGACGAUUCCUGGAGAUCGGCAAAUACGACCUGUCCAACAACUCUCCACUGGGCAUGGCUCUUUUCCUGAAGAACGUGGCGUUCCACGGCAUCCUGCUGGACGCUCUCUUCGAGGAGGGUAACCGCGAGUGGGAGGAAGUGUCCCUGCUGCUGAAGGAAGGCAUUGUGGGAGGUGUAGUUAAGCCUCUGAAGACCACUGUGUUUGAGAGAGACCGGGUGGAGGAAGCAUUCAGAUACAUGGCUCAGGGCAAGCACAUUGGCAAGGUUCUCCUGCAGGUCUGUCAUGAGGAGAAAGGUGCAGCAGUCCAAGCAGCUUCCCCUGUUCCGGCUAUCUGUCGCACCUUCUGCGUCCCCUCCCACUCUUACAUCAUCACAGGUGGCCUGGGGGGCUUCGGUCUGGAGCUCGCUCAGUGGCUGAUGGAGAGAGGAGCCCACAAACUGGUGCUGACGUCCAGAUCGGGCAUCAGGAACGGAUACCAGGCGAAGCGAGUGCGUGAAUGGCAGAGUCAAGACGUGGAGGUGCUCGUGUCAACCAGUGAUGUCAGCACGCUGGAGGGAACGGAGCGACUCAUCGCUGAGGCUGGAGCGCUGGGCCCAGUGGGUGGCGUCUUCCACCUCGCCAUGGUGUUGAAAGACGGCAUGUUGGAGAAUCUGACGCCUCAGCACUUCGUUGAUGUUAACAAACCUAAAUAUGACGGCACCAUGAACCUGGACAGGGUGACAAGAAAACUGUGUCCAGAGCUCAAGUACUUUGUGGCCUUCUCCUCGGUCAGCUGUGGGCGUGGCAACGCCGGCCAGAGUAACUACGGUUACGCCAACUCGUCCAUGGAGCGCGUGUGCGAAAAGCGCCGCCACGACGGCCUGCCCGGACUGGCGGUGCAGUGGGGCGCCAUUGGCGAUGUGGGCGUGGUGCUGGAGACGAUGGGUGGCAACGACACAGUGAUCGGCGGCACCCUGCCACAGAGAAUCGCCUCCUGCAUGGAGGUGCUGGACCUCUUCCUGUGCCAGCGGCAGCCGGUGAUGUCGAGCUUUGUGCUGGCGGAGAGGACGGUGGUGAAGAGCGAGGCAGGAAGUCAGAGGGACCUGGUGGAUGCUGUGGCUCACAUUCUGGGUGUGCGGGACGUGAACAGCCUGAACGCAGACGCCUCAUUGGCUGACCUGGGCCUGGACUCCUUGAUGGGUGUGGAGGUUCGCCAGACUCUUGAGCGCGACUACGACAUCGUCAUGGCCAUGAGGGAGAUCCGCCAACUCACCAUCAACAAGCUGCGAGAGCUGGCCAAUAGCAAGCCAGGAGGAUCGAAUGAAUCUCACCACGCCACAGCGAAGAAGGACGGCGUCCGCGCUCUGUUGGACUCAGAUCUGACCCAGCUGUUAGUCAACCCCAACGGCCCCACAGUGACGCCACUCAACAAGGUCCAGAGCCAGGAGAGGCCACUGUUCCUCAUCCAUCCCAUCGAGGGUUCCAUCGCCGCCUUUAAGACGCUCGCCUCCAAGCUCAGCGUGCCUUGCUACGGCCUGCAGUGCACGAAAGCCGCUCCUCUGGACAGCAUCCAGUCCCUGGCGGCGUACUAUGUGACCUGCAUCAGGCAGGUUCAGCCAGACGGGCCGUACCGAAUCGCCGGCUACUCCUUCGGUGCCUGUGUGGCGUUUGAAAUGUGCUCUCAGCUGCAGACCCAGGACCGGUCUGUGGAGUACCUCUUCCUGUUUGAUGGAUCACAUUCCUACGUGGCGGCGUACACACAGAGCUACAGAGCCAAGCUGACACCAGGGAAAGAGUCUGAGGCUGAAACUGAAGCCUUGUGUGCCUUCAUCCAGCAGUUCACUGGCAUCGAGUACAACAAGCUUCUGGAGACUCUGCUCCCGCUGUCCGACCUGGAGGCCCGCGUCAACGUGGCGGUGGACCUGAUCACCUCCAGCCACAAGAACAUCAGCCGAGACUCGCUGCACUUUGCUGCCACAACUUUCUACUACAAACUAAAGGCCGCCGACGGCUACGUGCCUGCGACAAAAUACCACGGCAACGUGACGCUACUGCGCGCCAAAACCAGCAGCGAAUACGAACAGAACCUGGGAGCUGACUACAAGCUCAGCGAGGUAUGUGACGGCAGGGUGUCGGUCCACGUCAUCGAGGGAGACCACCGGACAUUCCUGGAGGGAGAGGGGGUGGAGUCCAUCAGCAGCAUCAUCCACAGCUCACUGGCUGAGCCGCGGGUCACGGCGAGGGAGGGCUAGAUCUGCCCCGCCCCAGCCACGCCCUCCACCACCCUCACGCUAAUUCAAUAACAUUCCCAAAGCAGGCCUCUUCCUCCAGUUAGUUCACAGCGUAGGUUUAACUUAUAGAGUAAGUUGAACAGUAUAUAAUACAGUCAGUCUCUGGACGUAGCAUGUUUACAUUGUGUGCCAUUUUGCCCUAAUAUCCCAUAAGCACCUUAUUCCUUCUUACUGCACCUUCUCCAAUCUCAUUGGUCGAGUAGACUCUCUCUAACCUAUCAGAGCUCCUGGCUGGUACCUUCCUACUGGGUAGAUGAAACCUGCUGUCAUGUAGUCAUGUGAUAAAACUGUGUAUCAUAAUAAGAGUAACAGUGAGUGACCUCCACUGAUCUGUACAACAGACAGGACAUCAUGAAAAGACUAUGUUAAACUCUGACACACUCUCAUGUCCUGAUACUAAUGAAGUGUAACUGUGCACGUUCGUGACCUCACCACUAUCCCACUGUUAAACGCUCGUAAACUCGGUCGCUGUGUGAAUCAGUCUCUGUGAUGUUCUGCAGCUUCAAUGCAACAAAAAAAAAAAAAUCCUGUUUUUCUGGCUUCGCCUUUCAGUAUGUUGUUUUUGUGAGUUCAGAGCCAGAGGGCCAUUAAAGUAACCUCUCCUCUACAAUGUUACUACCUUUAUCCCGCACAUGAACAUGUUGCAGGAUUACUGUUGAUGAAAUAACACACUGACCACACUGAAACAAACAGGAAACAAGGAUGUCUGAUUAGAGUUUAGUGGUUGCAAACAAACGUCUGAGGUCGAUGUUCUGUCAGAGAAAACCAGUGACAGUUCACAGUAUUUUACCCAUAGUCAUGUACUGAAUAGGUUUGUUACAUAACCGUCUCCCUUAAUUUUGCUUCUAGGUUGUAAAUGACUAGUAAAGCACCUGUUGUAUGUGGACAUAACUGAUCUGAACAGCAGAACCCUGAGCUGUCUCUGACUCCCGUGACCUCACCUGCUUUCAUAACCCCAGCGAGCAGUCCAGUCCCACACAGCAACAACAGCCAGCCCGACUCCUGAGGCCUCAGUCUGGUCAAUGAAGGGUCCGGUGACUGGAGGCGAACGUGGUGAUUGAUUGCAAUGAAAAGGAGAAGGAAGUGACAGUAAAAGCUCUUCUCUUGUAUUGUAAUAUUGCCAGUAUGUAUUGUUACGACUAAUAAAAGCAUCUCACAAGUCA